GCACCCACGGCGCAUCGCGUCGUAAGCCGAUGCGACUCGGGAUCUCUCAGUUGAUGACGUCAUGCCCGACGGCCGAACGAUGUGAAUUGAUGGAGGGACCAUUUGUAGCCGACUCGAGUCUCUCCGUCGCACGCUCGCCUCCUUUAAUUCCUCCCCUGCCUCGGUUGCGAUCUCUCCUCGCGAGGAAAAAGGGGGAAAAAGUUGAGAUCUUUCGGGGUUUCCUCUUCCGGGUCGCCACAAGCUCCUCUCUCUCUCUCUCCCACUCGCGCACGGGGGCAUGAAGCCUCUUUGUUCUCCUCUUGAUCUAUUUGUCACUUUGUGGUUUCGUGGAGUACCUUCUUCUGAUGGCCAGGAAGACACCUUUCAAAUAGGUAUCAACCUGAAAAAUGGGUAGCCAAAUCAACUGUGCCAAUCCUGGUGUUACUGUAUCCUAAGCUCGAAUUGUUAUCCAUCACUCUUGUCGAAUAAUCAAUUCAGUAAGAGAAGCUAAUAGGUUUUGGCAACUUCUUUGACAAUGCCAACGCUUUCUAUUGGCACAUGCUCUGUAUCCUAGUUCCCCUUUGCUUAUAGGGCUUCAGUUGUAUUAACUGAUAAGUUAUGGACAGAGCAGACACAUCAGGCUUUGUCAGUGGUGGCAGUUGCAAGUUGACAUUCCAUGAUUAUUUUCAUUUCACUUACUCUAUUGCUCUUAUAGUGAAAGCUUCAACGAUGAACUAAAAGGAUAGAUAGUUUGGUGUACUCUGCCUCUGGGGCUUCCUUCUACAGCUUAUUGUCAUUCUAGCAAGCCUCAGUUUGCAACUUCUCUGUUUCUGGAUAUGGUGGAUCUUGACUUGACAGAUCUAUCGAAUAGAAAACAACCUUUCAUGAGUCUCUUACUGAGUGAAGCAGGAAAUUCUGUGAGAACUGACACAAGUGUUUGCUUGGGUGAUACUACAUUACGCUUGAACUCAAGCUAUGAAAUCAGCACAACUGUUGCAUCAAAAAAUUGUCUGAGUAAUAACAAUCUUUUUACUCCAGAUGAUGGUUGUGGUUUGGUUCUUGGACUUGGUCCAACUCCAGCUUCUUAUAAUUCAAGGAUUGACAUUGUAGGUGGAGUAAAUAUAACACACGAACUUGCCACUUUUAGCCAAUGCCCAGGCUUGCAAACUGAAAGUGACAUGUUAGAACUUGGGCUUUCAAGAAGAAAUGUUGAUGGAUUAGUAGGCACGGUGAGUAACAUUAAUCUUUCUUCUAAACCCAGGCAAGUACACACCGAAAAACAUAACAUAAUUCCAAUUGUUGAUGAGAGCUCAACGUCAGCUAAGAGAAACCCAGGUGGCUAUAUGCCAGCCCUCCUGUUUGCCCCAAGGUUGAUGAAUUCUAAUUGUACUGGAGAUGCUUCAUUGUUCAAUGAUGCAUUGAACUUCGAAGCUGUUUCAGUGGCUACUAAUCACCAGACAAUUGAGCAUUUUUCUGCUCCUGACUCAUCUGCUGGUACUAUUUCACCCUCUCCCACUGUUGCUCAGAGAACUAAUCAUCCUAAGAAAUGCAUGUUCAAGGGUUGUUUUAAAGGUGCAAGGGGAGCAUCAGGCUUCUGCAUUGGCCAUGGAGGUGGGCAGAGGUGCCAAAGAUCUGGGUGCAACAAGGGUGCUGAGAGUAAGACGGUUUUCUGCAAAGCUCAUGGAGGAGGCAGGAGAUGCCAGACCCUUGGAUGCACCAAGAGUGCUGAGGGUAAGACUGAUCUCUGCAUUGCUCAUGGAGGUGGGCACCGUUGCACUGAUCCGGGAUGUUCUAAAGCGGCACGAGGUAAGUCAGGUUUGUGCAUCAAGCAUGGAGGGGGAAAGAGAUGCACAGCUCAGGGGUGUACCAAAAGUGCUGAAGGGCAACCAGGAUUGUGCAUCUCCCAUGGUGGAGGGCGUAGGUGUCAAUAUCCUGAUUGUAACAAAGGUGCACAGGGGAGUACCACGUACUGCAAAGCUCAUGGUGGUGGACGACGAUGCAUAUUUCAGGGUUGCGGUAAAGGUGCUGAGGGAAGCACACCUCUUUGUAAGGGGCAUGGUGGUGGCAAGCGAUGCCUUUUUGAAGGAGGUGGGGUUUGCCCAAAAAGUGUUCAUGGUGGGACCCAAUUUUGUGUAGCUCACGGAGGGGGUAAAAGGUGUGUUGUUCCUGGUUGCACAAAGAGUGCUCGUGGCCGCACUGAUUGUUGUGUGCGCCAUGGUGGGGGAAAAAGAUGCCACUUUGAGGGAUGUGAUAAGAGUGCACAGGGGAGGACAAACUUCUGCAAAGCUCAUGGAGGAGGAAAGCGGUGCACAUGGGCUUUGGGCUGUGACAAGUUUGCAAGGGGAAAAAAUGGACUAUGUGCAGCUCACAGUACCAUUAUGGCUGCCCAGCAGGAGAGCGAAGCUGGAAAUACUGGCAGAAUGAUUGGUCCACACCUCUUUGAGGGUAUUGUGUCGGCAUCUAUCACAUCUGGAAGCAGCAUCGACAACGAUUAUCCAUCUGCUGGUCGUAGUUCUGUUUCUGACUGUGUCGAGUCACAAUCAAAUGGUAGGCUGAAGCAUGUUAAUAUUCCGCCCCAGGUUCUGGUUCCCGUGUCUAUGAAAUCCCCUUUGUCGGUGUCGUUUGGUUUUGGUGGAGGUGUUGGGGAGAGCCAAGAGAAGGGUUUUGAAUUCAUCAUUCCUGAUGGAAGGGUUCAUGGAGGGAAUUUGUUAUCUCUACUUGGAGGCAGCUUCAAGAAUGCUGUUGAUGCUAAGUUGGAUUGAUAUCCUUGCUGAUGGGAAGUCAAGUAGCCCUCAGUAUACCUGCCAAGUAGGCUUAAUAAAGGAUUGUACUGGACAAAAUGCUACAGUGUUUAGCUAUGUAUACUUUUGCAUUUGAGUCUAAUUGUUCCUGGCAAGACAAUAAUUUUGCAUCCUGUGCCUCAAUGCAAAGAGGUUGGUAAGUCUUCAACAUUUUGUUUGGUUAUUCAGUCCAUGUACAUUUGUUUUUUUCUUUUCAGUUGUGAGUUAGCAAUUAUAUGCUCAAUAUAUUUUUCUGUAGAAUUGAGACUGAAAAUUCCUCAUUUCAUGUGUAAUGUUUGGACUUGGGAAUCUACAUGACCAGUUUUCUUUCAAGCAUGUGGAUUUUGUGA